AUGGUUGCCAACCUCCCACACUACUACCAUCCGCGCACGUACGCCCCGUCCCAGGUGGAGUCAACCCCGACGGGCUCCAGCCUACCGGUCGUGGUUGUUGGCGCUGGUCCGGCCGGCCUCGCCACUGCGCUCUCGGCUGCGAAGCGUGGUGUAAAGGUCACUGUGAUCGACCAGGGAACGUCCGCCUCGUACGGCUCGCGUGCUACCUGCUACUCUCGUCACACGAUGGAGAUUGCUCAACGUCUCGGCUACGGCGACCAACUCGAGAGUCGCGCACUUGCUUGGACGGGCGGCCGCAGCUUCUACCAUGACCGUGAGAUCCUCGAGUUCAAGAUGCCCCACAGCUCCCACUCUGCCCUUCCGCCCAUGGUCAACAUUGGCCAGUGCGAGUACGAAGAGAUGCAGAUCACUGCCGCCGAAAAGGACAGCAACAUUACUAUUCUCUGGGGCGUCACCCUGACCGGUUUGGAGAGCGACGCCGAUGGCGUCACCCUCACUGUCGACAGUGCUGGUGGCGAGCGCAAGCUUAGUGCGGACCGUGUAGUCGCCUCGGAUGGCGGUCAAAGCAAGGUCCGCAAGCUCACAGGCUUGCAUCUGCAGGGCACAGCCUACGAGGGCCGCUACAUCAUUGCCGAUAUCCACUGGAUCAGCAAGCUCCCAACGCAGAGGAUGGUGUGGUUUGACCCCCCAAGCAACCCGGGCUCGACGGUGAUCAUGCACAAGCAGCCUGACAACAUUUGGCGAAUCGACUACCAGCUUCUCCCCGGAGAGGACGUGGCCGCUCAGACGACCGAAGAGGCCAUCAUGGCACGCAUCACCAAGCACCUGGCCUGGCUCGAGAACAACGGGACAAUCACAGCCCAGCCGUGGACGCUCCAGUGGCAUAGCUUUUACAAGGCAAUGGCCCUCGCUCUUCCGAGCUUUGUGCACGGCCGCAUCGUCUUUGCAGGUGACGCCGCGCACCUUGUCCCCAUCUUUGGCGUGCGAGGACUCAACUCGGCCAUGGAGGACGGCGACGUGCUUGGCUGGAUGAUCGCGGCAGUCGCGCACGGCGACGCCGACGAAUCGCUUCUCAAGGUCUACUCGCAGGAACGUCGUGACGCCUGGGAGCAGAACAUUGCCAGCGCUGGCAAGUCGACACUCAUCAUGACGCCCGGUAGCGAUGGCUACCGCACCACGCGCGACGCGCUUUUGCGUGUCGCCGAGGUCAUGCCCGAGUUCCGCCACCUCAUCGACCCGCGCCAGUCGAGCGCAACCCACGCGCUUCGUUCGUCUCUUUCUAUUCCAGGACCUGGGGACACACCCGAGCUGAAAGCUGGAGAGCCCCUAGAGGACCGUCGUCUUGUGAUCGACGGCGUCGAGACCAGCCUCAACAAGGCGCGUGGCUACGGCUUUGGCGUGUUUGCCAUUGCACCCGUGGACCACGCCGAGGUCGACAGUGUCGUGUCGCGUAUUCAGACGGCCCUCCCACACGAGCAGAUCAAGGCGGUCGUUCUCGAACAAGGUAGCGACGGCGGUUGCGCCGCAGCUUGGAACGCCAAGGCUGGCGAGGUUGUCAUUGUUCGCCCCGACGGCUUGGUCCUUUCCCGUGGUCUCCCUUCGCAGCUCGGGGCCUUUGACGUUCGUCUCAGGGGCCUCAAGCUCGGCGUCAACGAGGCUACGGACCCAGUGCUCUCGACUCCCGAGCAACUGUCGCGCGAGAGCGUCUGGCUCCAGCUUUCAAAGGCGCUCGAUUCGACAGACGACAAGGCGGCCCUGAUGACCAGGCUCGCGUUGGUGCUUGGUGCCGAGGCUGGUUCCAAACGCGUCGAGGAGGUUCUGAGGCAGGUGGCCUGA